AUGCCUCCAAGGAGGGGACGUGGAGGAGCGACUCAGGGACGUGGCAACGAUGAAGAGGUUGAGCGUUUGGCUCAACAAGUUGAGCGCCUCACCCAACAGGUGGAGGCCUUAGUUCAGCAACAACAUGAUGAAGAUGAAUUUGAUGACGAAAUCAAUCCUUUCGGUGAAGAAGGUGAGAGAGGAGAGCGGAGGCUGGUUCAGAAUGUUGAUACAAGGCGAUGGGAGACAGGCAUGAGGAUUGACAUUCCUGAAUUCCAUGGCAGUCUUCAGCCUGAGGAAUUCGUGGAUUGGCUAAAUUCUGUGGAGGAGGUUUUGGAGUUCAAGAAGGUUCCUGAAGACAGAAUAGUGUCACUUGUAGCUACCAGAUUUCGUGGGCGUGCCUCAGCUUGGUGGCGACAAUUGAAAGCAACUCGUUCGCGACAAGGCAAAAAUAAGAUCACAGUGUGGGAGAAAAUGAAGAAGCACAUGCGCAGCUCUUUCCUACCACCCAACUACUCCAGGUUGAUCUAUCAGCAGCUGCAAAAUCUGAAGCAAGGAAACCGAACAGUGACAGAGUAUACCACCGAAUUCUAUCAUUUGAUAGCUCGUUGCGAUCUUGGGGAAACGGAUGAGCAGCUAGUGUCAAGGUAUAUUGCAGGUCUCCGUACCGAGUUUCAAGAUACAUUAAAUUUGCUAGAUCCAUUUACUGUGGCAGAAGCACAACAACGAGCCCUACAAUUAGAGAAGCAAAUCGCUCGAAAAACAGGCAGAGGUGGGACCUGGUCCCCUAGCAGUCCAAGUAAUCGAGGUGCUAUCAGCAACUCAGCCCCUAGUCGCACACCAGCUUCACAAGUUCAGAAUGUGAAACCACACAUGAGCGAACCUCCAGCCAAAAUACAAGUUGUGGGGGUUGGACGUGCUGGUACUCGCUGCUUCAAAUGUGGUGAGUCUGGACACCGAAUGGCUGAUUGCAAGAAAGAAGGAAGGGCCGGUAAGGGCUUGUUCAUUGAGAAUGAAGAAAAUUCACUACAAGAAUAUGCCGAUUUCGCACAGGCUCCUAUUUAUGAUGACUAUGGUGGGGAUGAUGAUGUUUCUGAGGAGUUUGUGAAGGGUGAUGAAGGGCCGAUGCUUGUUGUACAAAGGACAUGUUUUACCCCUCGAGAAGUAGAAGGUAGUGAUGGGUGGCUUCGCAAUAAUAUUUUUCAGUCCACUUGUACAAUUGGUGGAAAGGUGUGUAGGUUGGUAAUUGACCCAGGCAGCUGCGAAAAUGUUAUCUCUGAGGAAGCAGUUACCAAGCUGUGCUUGGAGACACAACAACACCCUCAUCCAUAUAAGCUUUCAUGGCUGCAGAAGACUAAUGAUGUGAAAGUUUCAAAGAGGGCUCUUGUUCCUUUCUCUAUUGGUACAAGCUACAAAGAUAAGGUGUGGUGUGAUGUUGUGCCGAUGGAUGCUUGCCAUAUUCUUUUGGGACGACCAUGGGAGUAUGAUAGACAUGUGACACAUGAUGGACGGAAGAACACAUACAGCUUCAUGUUCAAUAAUACUAAAAUCACUCUCCUGCCAACUCGGGAACAAGUCCCAAAGCCAACCCAUGUUAAGUCUUCGAUGAUUUUAUUAUCAAUGAAGAAAUUCGUGGGAGAAAUUCAUGAUACCGGGGUGGUCUACUUGUUGGUUGGUAAAGAGAAAUCCAGUGAUUUGUCUCCUAUCCCUGUCCCUGUACAAGCUUUAUUAGAGGAGUUUCAAGAUGUCUUUCCUGAAGAAAUGCCGGCAGGACUGCCACCUUCUCGUAACAUCCAACACAGAAUUGAUUUGAUCCCUGGAGCAGCCUUACCAAAUAAGGCGCAUUAUCGGAUGAGCCCCAAAGAACAUGAAGAACUGAGACGACAAGUAGAGGAGUUAUUGGCAAGAGGAUACAUCAGGGAAAGCAUGAGUCCUUGUUCAGUUCCGGCCUUAAUUACGCCAAAAAAAGAUGGGACAUGGCGCAUGUGUAUAGACAGCAGAGCCAUUAAUAAAAUCACGGUACGUUACCGUUUUCCCAUUCCUCGUUUGGAUGACUUGCUAGAUCAAUUGUCAGGUGCUACUGUUUUCAGCAAGUUAGACCUUAAAAGUGGGUAUCACCAAAUUCGGAUCAAAGAUGGGGACGAGUGGAAAACAGCAUUCAAAACUCGUGAAGGCUUAUACGAAUGGUUGGUCAUGCCUUUUGGCCUCUCUAAUGCUCCUAGUACUUUUAUGCGGGCAAUGAAUGAGUUGCUUCGACGGUUUAUUGGAAAGUGUGUGGUGGUUUACUUUGAUGACAUCCUUAUUUACAACCCAAGCAUUGAAUUGCACCUACAACAUCUAAGAGAGGUCCUAGAAGUCUUGAGAAAGGAGAAGUUUUAUGCAGCAGUGAAGAAGUGUUCUUUUAUGACUGACAAGGUGCUGUUCCUUGGCUAUGUGGUGUCAAAAGAUGGGAUUCUUGUAGACCAGUCCAAAGUGGAAGCAAUCAAGAAUUGGCCAAUGCCGAGAAAUCUACAAGAAGUCAGAAGUUUUCAUGGGUUAGUAUCUUUCUAUAGACGCUUUAUACAAAACUUCAGUUCUAUUAUGGCGCCUAUAACCGAUUGUAUGAAGAGUGGGAAAUUCAGUUGGACUGAGGAGGCCAUUGUAGCUUUUCAAGCCAUCAAGGAGAAGCUAGUUACUGCCCCUGUUUUGACAUUUCCGGACUUUAACAAACCAUUUGAAUUGCAUUGUGAUGCAUCCAAAGUCGGCAUUGGGGUUAUUUUAAGCCAAGAGGGGCGACCAGUAGCUUUUUACAGUGAAAAGCUAAAUGGCUUCAAGGUGAACUACAACACAUAUGAUGUGGAGUUUUAUGCUGUUGUUCAAGCCCUCAAGCAUUGGCGUUCUUAUUUAGCUCAUAAUGAGUUUAUCUUAUAUUCUGAUCAUGAGGCCUUAAAACAUCUCCAUGCACAAGAUAAGCUCUCUGCUAGGCAUGCUAAAUGGGCAUCAUAUUUGCAGUAG